AUGUUCCUAAUCAGAUUGGUACUUUUAAGCUCUCUUCUCAAAUCAGGCUUAGAAAUGUUUCUUAUCAACAAGGACACUCCAGAGCUGAUUAUCACUAGAGUUUAAUAUCAUUUGGACUUCGCAUAAAAGUAUUUUUACUUUGACUAGGAUAUAGUGCUUAGAUUUGUGAUGAAUUAUUAGACUUAUUUCGGGUACUUCUACGGAAUAAUUAUCCUUAGAUUAAGUGCUUUAUCUCUUUUCAACAUUGCUUUAACUAUGAAGUUCUUGGUUGGAGUUAUUGCAUUCUCGAUCUGGUUCUUUUAUGUUGAUUACACUGCCUAUUUGAUUGAAAAGAGUAGGUAUCAAGAUACAGUCACACUAAUCGUCAUAAUUGCUGGACUUUUCAUGCUUAUAGGUUAUAAUGAUUAGCCAAACUUGGUUAAGAAGACUGAAACAAAAAAAGAAGUAGUUUAGCAAGUGAAGAAGCAAAUUGAAAAGAGUCAAGAGAAAACUUAGUAGCCUAAAAAGCAAAAGGUAAAGUCAGUAGAUUCAGCUCCGAGUAACAACAAGCAGGAUAAAGCUAAGAACAAGAAAAAGUGA